GGCAGAACAAAGCUAAGGCACUAAAAAAAAUAAGAAAAAAGAAACAUUUUGCUUUAGCUAAUGUACCAAGUUCUAUUUUGAUAAAAUAGUCACCAGAGGUCUUUGGAAUCUGCAUAAUAAUGGCAAAUGAUUUCGCUAUUGCCACCGUCAAGCACGUACCAGCUCUCCAGGCGAUAAAGCUACAUUUUAGAAAAUAAAACAGCUCCAAGAGGAAAGGAACACUGAUGAUUGGGAAGAAGUCCCUUUCCCCAGCCCACCCCAUUCCAGUUUGGAUUAUGUCUACACAGUCGAUCUGAAUACCGCGGUAAUAACGAUCUCUACGUGGACAAAAAUGAACGGGAUUAUACCAUCGACUUUCCGAAUCGAACUUCCAGAAGUUCACGAGGCUUCGGAUCUAUCGCUUGAGUGUCUACUUCAGAAAGCAGACAGACCUUUGGAGCGAUUUCUGAGACUGACAUCUGAAUUGUGUCAAACUCAGAAUAGUUAGGACACUCGGGUGUUGGUAUGUCAAACCUCCAG